UAGGGGAGCCUUAGCUCUCGGCUGGUCUUGGUACAUGGAGUUUAAUGGAGAGGUGCUGCGAGUGCUAAGGGAGCCUUAACCUCGGUGGAGGGAGGUAGCUCGAGCGGUGCCACGAGUUCAGGUAACGGUCACUCGAUCGAGAGAGCUACCUGGACCUGUGCCUCGAGUUAUAGGAGCGUUGCCACAAUCUAUGGGAACGAUGCCUCUUAUCAAUAUUUACAAUUUUCAUUCUUCCGGGCGCUUCCUGAAGAUGUUUAUUGUUACCAAGGCAACAAGUUCAAACGUAUUAGCUCAGCUGCACGUAAACGGGAAGCCAUUAUAUCACUUAUCGGCGGUUUAAUUAGUAAAACAAUUACAACUAACACUAGUACUUUUAAAGGGUGUAUUGUAUUGUCACAUGUUGGAUAAUUAUAAAAUAUAAAUGUCACAAAUUUUGCAAACAAAAACGGCAAGUGUCGAGGCACCCCUGCCGCAAAGUCGACGCAGUUGUCGUGAUGUCGUGGCAGCUGCCUCAGGGUUGAGGCAGUUGCCACAAGAUAAAAAAUGUUAAAAUCCCAGUUUUGCAGGACAGAGACUAUUGGGCAAUUACACAUAAGGAGCAAGAGGUGAAAUUGGCUUUUGUAAAUGGGAUUCCUGACGGUAGUGUUAAUUGCCCUAUAUUAUAUUAAUGACGUAUUUGUGGACAUUGGUAGAGAUAUUGUCUCCUUGCUACAUGCUGGCAAUGGAGUGAUGUGAAAAAGGGGGAAGAAAUAUUAGAAAUGAGAUCAGUAGCACAUGCGCUACCUUAUAGUCCGCCGAUGACGGGUUGUAUCAGCGGUCAUAUUUCUUCCGACAAAAGCUCUUCAAUCUGAUUCAUUCUCUUGUAAAAAUCUUUUUUUAAUAUAAUGGCGGUAAUGUGCUAUAAAACCGGAAAUGUGAGUCUCAGGAAAGGAUGUAGUUAGCAAACCAAUCACAGCCUUGCGGGUUUCAUGGCGCUUGCCUAGCUUUUGACACUGGUCUAGAAAAAUUGGUCGACGCACGCAAAUACGCAAGAAGGGGUGAAAAAGCAUGCAAGGAGCACACAAAGGGCUCCUGUAUCUGUGUGACGUUGCGUUUCUCUGAAAACGCAGAAGCAUAAACUAGGCUGCGGGUUAGCAGGAGCAAUCCUCUAAUUGGUGGACGACCGUGCUCGCCACAGUCACUCAAACGUUUGAUCCAGAAGAAGAAAAAUAAAAUAAUAGCAAGCGGAACCUCAGUGUGACUCGUGUUUCCAGUCGGAGCUUUGUAGUGUUGCUCGGUGUUGUAGCAGCGCCUGUAAUUAUUUCAUCGGUAACCAAGCAGCAAUGUCUUCAGUUGAGGGUUUGAGAGAGUUCGUCAACGAGCGACUUUCUGCUGCUGCUGAAGAAAUAUUCGGAGUUUUUAAAAGAACCAUCGUCGAGUAUCAGGAAGAGAUCGACCGGCAGCGCGGACUGUUGGAGGUUUUUUGGAAACCCGAAGUGAGGUUACACAGGAUAAAGAUCCCACAGUCACGUGUGUGUAAGGAGGAAGAGGUUCUCUCUGACCAGCAGCUCUGUCUCCAGGAGAGGAUCACCAGUCUGGACCAAGAGGACCCAGAUCCUCCACAGAUUAAAGAGGAACCGGAGGAGCUCUGCAGCAGUCAGGAGGGAGAGCAGCUUGAACCAAAGCAGGAGACCUUUAUGUUGACACCUACUUGUGAGGAAAGAGACCACGGUGAAGAUCAACUUCUGGAUUCGUGUACUGAUGAAACACUGAUUGUGCUACAGGAAACAUCUCUAGGCUGCAUCUCAGUUAAAAGCACCGCUGAAGAUGAACCAAGCAAUGACCACCAGCUUCUCUCUCACAACUCUCAUCAAUCUUAUAGCAUAGAUCAGAAAGGAGUAAAACAUAGUUUAACAUCAAGCAAGGAGCCAACUCCUCCAAGUAAGAAGCCAUGUUUGUGCAAAAAAUGUGGGAAAUACUUUAAAACUAAAAAUAGCUUGUUUCUCCAUGUGAAAAGAGCUCACAGUGUUGAUCAACCAUAUGUAUGCAACUUCUGUGGGAGAAGAUUCGUUCAUGAAUCAGCAUUUAAGAAUCAUAAAAGAGUCCAUAGUGAUGAGAAGCCAUUUUCUUGCAAAACAUGUGGAAAAAAAUUCAAAUUUAGUAGUGGCUUAAAAGUCCACAUGCACAUUCACACUGGGGAAAGGGCAUAUUCUUGCAACACCUGCGGUAAAACAUUCAAUCGGACAGAAUCAUUGAAGCUUCAUUCAAGAAUCCACACUGGUGAAAGGCCAUAUUCUUGCAACACCUGUGGGAAAACAUUCAAUCAGCAAUCAUAUUUGAAGAAGCAUACAAGAAUCCAUACUGGGGAAAGGCCAUAUUCCUGCAUCACCUGUGGGAAAUCAUUCAUUCAGACAUCAGGUUUGAAAUCUCAUAUAAAAGUUCACACCAGGGAGAAACCAUAUUUCUGUAAAAUAUGUAAAAGAGAUUUCAGUGAAUCUAGUAACUUGAUCGCCCACAUGAGAAGAAUCCACAAGGAUGAAACGUCUUAGAUGCAACUUGUGAGGAAAUAUUUUUUAAGACUAGCGCCGAAAACAAAAAGUGGCAGAAGGCAGGUUUCUAGAAUGGAACAAAUCUUUCUCACUUGGGUAUGUAGCGGCAUGGACCCACAUCCUCCUCCUGAUGCAAAUCCCAUGUAAACUAUUAUCUUCUCGACCAUGGGUUUGCUAUAAAGUUUAUUUUUCUAACGUUAUUGAGAUUCUAGCGAAACACAGUGACUUGAAAGUAGUACAGCGUCUUUAAUAAAGUGAGGUGAUGUCUUCCAUGUUGUCAAUUUCCAAUUUCGUCAUCUUAAAUGAUUUAGAGUUCAUUUGAGAGUAUGGGUGCAAUUAAAUCCAUCCCAGAACAACGCAGUUUCUUGUGUAAGCUGACAAACUGCCAUCAAGAUUAAGUCGAUCAAAGCUAGCUCUGACAUAUUGGAUGAAGCUGAAGGCAUCUGAAGAGGAGCUUCCU